AUGGAAGACGAUUUUACAGAGAGCGUUUUGCACAUUCUUCAACAAUUGGAGAACGGAGAAGUCGUUUUUGAAAAUGCGUUUCUUUCUAUAAAUAUGGAGGCUUACAAACACAAUGUGGACAUCAGAGAGAUAUACAAGGCGAUAUUUUUGGGGUACGAAAAGGUUAACACAUAUAAUACAUUUAGCGAAGUGGUCAAGCACUUUUUAUUAUGUCCAAAGUUGUUAGCGGCGAUUGUUACGCCCGACUUUGUUGUUCCAUCGGACAUUAAAAAUGUUAUCGUGUUCUUGAUUUGCAACGACAUAAUUGGCUUUGGGGAUUUGGCAAGGAUUUUGAAUGGGUACGUCACAACACAACCAAAGAUGGUGUUUGAUGUUGUCGUUUCUUUGCUCAAAAAUGGGAAAUUGAACCCCAACACAUUCAAAGAAGUCGUUGAGUAUUCCAUUACAUUGUUGGCGGAGCAAAGUGAAUGUGUUGUAGAUUUACAACAAAGUGUUAUCGACUUUUCUUCUGGAGUCUUGAAGACUUUAAGUGAGAGUGAGAGUCAAUUAAUAUCAUCACUCUUCGACACUCUUCCAAUGUAUGUGUUGUUCGACCAGAAGUUUGCAAGUGAGUUGUGUUCGAGUGAAGUUUCACAAAACCGAUUUGGAGAGUCUCUGUUGUCCCAUUUCUCUGGUGUCAAGCAACAAGAAAUCGACAAAGUGCAAAACUUGUUUUUCAAUUUGACAAUAUCAAAGGACUCUAUAUUUGAAAAUUAUUACAACACAAAGAUAGUCGAGUUGAUCAAAAAUGCCGAUGAAAUAGAAAAUGCACCGAAGAAGGAUGGGGACAAGAUCAAGUCGUUUUAUAAGUUAGCAAAGAGUGUGUUAAACAAAGAAUUGUCGCUGACUCAAUUUUUCAGUAAGUGCAAAAAUUGGUUCUUUGCUGGUGAGAUACUGAUACUCCAUGUGCUGAAAGAACAACCGAAUGCUUUGAUUGUGUUGAACGAAAUGCUCUUCAUCCCCGAUUUAGUGAAGGUGUACAUGAUCUACCGCUUCCGAAAAAUAAUCGGCUCGAACAUGGACAAACUCAACAACUUGGCCAAAAUUGUGUUUGGCACAAACAUCACCUCGAAGCGGUAUUUCUUCGAAGAGUCAAUGAAAGCAGCGCUAUCAUUUAUUGGGACAUCCCAAAGUGUUUUUGUAACUAUUGCGUAUUGGAUCGUUAAAGGACUACUUUUUCAUGAAGGGAAGAACAAACAGAUGUACCAAAACGCAAUGGUGGGCAACGCCAAAGUCGGUAUUGUCAACAAUUUUUCGAAUGAUAUGCAAUGUGUGAGAUACUCCAAAUUAGGUUUUGUCGAUGUUAUGAAGAAACAGAAUUACUUGUUUAACGUCCCGUUCUUACUUGGGGAAAUGAAAGUGAAUUAUAAAAAUGAUAUAAAGAAGUUUGGCGAGUUCUACGAUAUGGUACAAGAGACAAUAAAGAACUACUAUACAGUGUUGAGUUUGUGCAUAUCACCGAAUGAGGUGUUGAGCUAUUUAAAAGGGAAUAGAAAAGAGUUAAUGUACUUGUGCCACAAUCCUGAUGAUUUUGCGUUCUGGGCUGGUGUUCGCUUUGUUAUUAUAUUUGAUCCCACUUAUAGCCAAUAUUACAGUCUCAGUAUUAAAGCUCAUUUGAAAUAUGAAAGAGCUGAAUACAAACCAAGCGAUGAAAUGAUGUACAUCAAACAAGUCAUAGAUGAAAGGAUGAAUGAACAGGGAUAUGGCAAAGUUGGUGUGCUCUUGUGGUUGUUAGACUUGGAGGAUAUGUUAUGUCCAGAUAAUGAGUACUCGUACGUUGAAUCUCAUUGUAAAGUUGACACGGUGAGAGCCGAAAUGCGAGACAUUGCUACCGCCCACCGCCAGAGACUCUUAGUUUUGGAUGCAACAUUAAAAAAGGAGAAAUAUGGAGGAAUGGAACAACAAGUGUAUUACUACCCAUCGAAGUUUCUCUUUAACGCGAUGUUAAAGAGAGUGUUAGUGAGUAAAACAGACGCACAUUAUGUUGCGAUGUUUGUGUUAAAGAUGUGUGAGUUAGACACCGACGCGUUUUCAAUCCUCUUUUUGUGUAACUUGAUCUUCGAGUUUGUGAUUCCCACACUCUUUAUAUCAACAAACAACGAAGCAAAGCACUUGGGAGUCUUCUUUGGUGACAUAACAGAAAAGCUCAUGUUUUGGUGCGACGAGCGAAAGUUCGAAGCGAAUUGUUAUAAGAAAAAAGGGUUCUCCGCGGCACGACCACUUGAAUAUGCGAAUUACAAAACAUCAUUCGAGAAAUGGGUGCGAUUUUUGACACAGGAAUUGUGUGUGUUUUUACGGUGCGAUAACGCCGAUUUACAAACAAAAGCGUCUUGGGUAUUUUGGGAAAUAUCAUACACUUUGCCUAAAGACAACGAACUCUUUAGGGUUUGUAAACAGAAAGACAAGGAAAGAAAAGAAAAAGAUGCAGAGACGUCGAAAAGACUCCAAUCGCCGCAAAUAAAAAGUAAUGAAAAGGAAGAAAAGAAUGUGGAGGAGACUAUGAAAGAGAAGAGAAAGGAAGACAGGCCAAAAUCUAUUCGAGCUAAUAAGGAAGAGGCAAUGGAGGAUAGGAUGAAAAGUGAGAAAAAGAAAGAAACUAAACCUGAAAAUGGGGACGGCUUAAUUCUUAAACAACGAAAAAGAAGAUAUAACAGAGAGAAAGACUGA